AUGGCCGCGAUUGUAUCCCAGCAUGUCGUUGCGCCGGCGGAAGAGAUAUGUGGUUGGAUACCGCUCUCGACGAACACUCUCGGAUUCUUGCAAGAGCCCAUCCCAUAUGCUUGUAUCAAUCCACCCGCGGACUGUAUCUCCUCCGGGUCCUACAUGGGCUGCGGCAGCCCCAUACCCACGACCUGCGUGCAGACAGCGAAAGCCCCGAGGGCAUGUGAGCCCGGACAGCUCUGCUGUGGGCCAUAUCCUAAUACGGACUGCUGGACUUGGCGUUCGAUUGACAAGACUGCAACUUACACACUCCUACAAUGCAGCUCCGUCUCCGGUGUCGGGACUCUGAUGGCAGAAUCCUUCAUACCAGGGGCCACAGUGACAGCCACCACGAAAGAUGGUUCACCUAGACCCAGUGGCGACGCCAAGACCACCAGAACGGCCGAAGUAUCACAACCCACAGCUGGAGUCACCAUCGCCACAAAGACGAGUCUUUUGCUUCCUGGAAUCCCUUCGGAAACAUCCGGUCCCUCUGGCGAAGCCUCGCCCGGUGCGAUUACAGGGGCCAUCGUCGGAGCACUUGCCUUUCUUGGCAUCUUGCUGGGUGUGACGGUGUUCAUCUGGAAUCGAGCCAGGAAGAAGAAACGUCUGGCUCAUGAGGCUGCGAUUGGAGGGCCCGUGACGCCCAUGAGAAAGAGGGAUAGUAUGAUACCGUUCCAUGCGGGGGCCAUCAAUGUUCCUGUGUCGUCUGUUUAUGAUUACGGCGGCCCGUCGAAGAGCGUAUCAAGAGGUGAUUCUGGUGUUCUGGAAGGGGCGAAUAGGCCUCCUCCUCGACCACCUAGAAGUCCGGCUAGGGAUAUGAAUGUUACCGAGGGGGGUUGGAUCUAG